GUGACAGUUCGCUGAAUUGCUUUGCACCAGCAAAUGUGUAACGGUCAGUUUUUGAAUAGCAGCGUUAUGUGGAAAUUUGCGCAAUUUUUAAUAGUUUUACAAGUUUUAAAUUAUGCGCAGGCUCAGAUUGCUUUUACUGACCUGCCCUGCACAGUUCGCAAUCCUAAGAUCAUCGGCGGUAGCGAAACGGAACGGAACGAAAUGCCCUUCAUGGUUAGUCUAAUGCGUCGUGGUGGCCACUUUUGUGGAGGCACUAUUGUACAUGAACGCUGGAUACUAACCGCUGGUCACUGCAUUUGCAAUGGUUUGCAAAAGUUCAUGAAACCUGCACAGAUUCAAGGCGUUGCAGGUAUCCAUAGCAUUCGGGACUAUCUGAAUGGCAUCAGCGACGGGCCCCAAGGCUUGCAAGUGGACUUCAAGCGCUUUGUACCACAUCCCCAAUAUGAUUGUAAUAAUGUGCAGCAUGAUAUUGCCUUGCUGGAACUCGUAGUACCCAUUAGAUUUUCGACCCAUAUUCAGCCCAGCUGUGUUAAUUCAGAGAAAGAGGACGAGAAGCGUAGUUUGUUAUCAGAAUACGGCACGGUAUCCGGCUGGGGAUGGACACAGGAAAACCAGGCAGAAGGCGAACGUGCCGAUGUCCUGAGAAAGGCGACAGUUAAAAUAUGGAACAAUGAGGUUUGUGAGCGUUCUUAUCGAGCACAUGGCAAAUCCAACAGCAUAAGCGACACUCAGAUGUGCGCAGGAUAUGAGGAUGGCCAAAUUGACUCGUGUUGGGCUGACUCUGGUGGCCCACUGAUGUCGAAGGAGCAUUAUUUGCUGGGUGUUGUGUCAACGGGCAUAGGCUGUGCACGUCCAGGGCUGCCAGGCAUAUAUACGCGUGUUAGCAAAUAUGUGACAUGGAUGCAAAAUAUAAUUGGAAAUCGACAAUAGCUGAUAUGAUGUGAUGACUAAAUGUGAUAAAACUGUGAUAUAAACAUAUCUUAAA